AUGUAACAAAUAGAAGAGUUAAUAUGUCCUGAAUGCUAAAUGAUGUUUAAUGAAAAUGAUAAUUUACCAUUGAUGCUUCCAGAUUGUGGUCAUACAAUUUGUUAAAAUUGUAUUUAAUAAAUGCUUAUCAAUAAAAAGUAUAUUGUUUGUCCAGAAGAUGGGUAUCAUUAUUAUCUUAUGUAGUAUCAUGGCUAAAAAUAAAAAUGAUAUCUCAUAAUUCCCAAAAAACUGUUAAUUAUUGAAAAUGGUGGUUAAGCAUAAAGCCUAAUACUAAUAAAGCAGGUAAUCAGCAAGAAAUGAUGAUAACGAUAUAGAUUAUCAGCUCUAAUUAAAUAACUUAAUUUCUAACGAUAUUCCAAAUGAUUUAUGUUAGGAACAUUUAGAAAAAUUGGAAAUAGUAUGUCUUACAGAUUAAGUAAGAAUUUGUACGAGAUGUGCAUUAUUUGGAUAACAUAGACAUCAUGAAGUACGUUCUGUAGAUGAUGUUGUUAAAGAGAUCACUCAGAAAGCAGAAAACAUCAUGUAAAUUUAUUAAAAGAUUCUUUAAAAGUAAAGUGAAUUAACAGAGUAAAAAUAUUUUGAACCUUUAUAAGACAGAUUUUAAAGUGUUCUCACCGAAAGUCACAAUACUGUUAAAGAAAAAUUUAGAGAACUCCAUUAAUUGUUGGAUCUUAAAGAGUAGAGACUUAUAGAAUAAUUAACUACAUUAACAUAAUCGUUAGAAUAGCAAACAAAAAAAUAAGUUAAAGAAUUGUUACAAAGUAGUUUAUCUUAAGCUGAAUUGUGGAAGAUAACAGCAAAGGAUAGAUUAGUAUAUUUUUCAACGAAAACAGAGAAUGGAGAAUUGCCAUUAGAUUUACUAAAUAAUUAAGAUUAUGCUUGUGUUGAUAAAGGAAAGGGAAUUUAUGAUGAUUUAGAAAAGAUCUAAAAAUAAUUGGAUCUUAAACUCUAAAAUAUUAAAAUAAAAAAAUUGAGAGUUGAUCUCAAAAAGUCCGAAAUAGAUAAGAGUUUUGAUAACCUUUUUACAAUUACACUACAAUUGUGUAAUGUAAAUAAUACAAAUACGAUGACAAAAAGUAGUUAAAUUUUAAAGACUAUAAAUACAUUAACAGAUUCAGCAUUAUUAUAAGAUAUGAAAAGAAAUGAAAGUUUUAGUAAAUUAUGUGGUUAGGAUGUUUUUUCAAGUUUUUGUUAAGAUGAACCUAUGUUACUUAAAGAUAUAUCAAUGGCAGAUUGGAGUGAAAGUUUAAUGGAAGAAACAACAAAUGUAUCAUAAGUUAAAAGUCCAAAUAGAAGUAGUUUAGAUUAGGAAGAUUUUGCAAAAAAUAAAGUUGGAUCUGGAUUAAAAGAACUUAAAGAAAUUUAACCUGUAUCAACCUCUUAAAAUAUUCAAUCAACUACUCCGACAAAACCUGAAAGAAUUUAGAUUAGAGCUUUAGAGAAAUUGAAAGGAUCUUUUUAAUAACCUAGUCCAGGCAGAAGAGAUUUAGAAUAAGUUAAUUCAAUUAGAUAGGGUGUUAGUCCUAAUACUAAAAUAUAAGAUUGUAAAAAAAAGAAAAUGUUUAAAAUUAAUGAAAAAUUUGAAAGUGUUUGGUAAGCAUUUAAAAGUGAUAAUUUAGAUAUUGCAGAUUUUUCAAGUGCAGGUAUUAUUUAUAUAUAUUUAUAUAAUUAGAAUUGGGAGAUGAAGGAUUAUAAUAUGUAGGAGAUAUUCUUAAAAUUUCUAAGAGAGUUAAAUAACUUAAAUUAGUAAGGAAUAAAAUUACAGAUGAAGGUGCUUGUAAGCUUUUAGAUUGUCUUGUAUAAAAUACUAAUUAAGUGUUUUAAAGUCUGCAUUUGUCAUCAAAUAUGAUAACUGAAAGAACUUUAGACUAUUUUAUAUCUUUAGUUAGAAAUUCCCCUUUAGGAUGUUCGUUGCCUAAAUCCUUAUACUUGAACCAAACUUUAAUAAAUACGACCAAAGCAAAAAAGAAAAUUGAAGAUUUAAAACGUGUUGGAUAUUUAGUGAAUAUUUGAUAAUAAAAAUU